ACCGGCCAGUCAACAAAGACGAAAAGCGUCGAGCGUACCAGUGAAGUGUCUCAGUCAGUAAGCGAACGAAAAGAAAGAGACGGACGUGUACUACGUGAAAAUGCUGCCCAAAAACUUGAUAGCUCAGCACUGAUGGCGCGGCAAACGGACGGCUCCAAUUUGCUCGAUCGAAAAGGGGAGGGCAGUUACGAGGAAACCAGCGUAGUACGUCAUGGACCGCUUGCUGUUGGACCGGCAUCCCGUUCUUCCUCCUCGAAACAUGUAGUAGAAUACAUGCAGAGUAGCUCUUUGACAUAUCACCAGUGUUUCGAUAAUGUUUAG